AUGCCAGUUCAGUGUCUUUCUAUGGCCUCUAUGGACUUGAAGACUAUUGAGAUUUACAUCAAAGCCAAAAUCAUGAGUGCCACGGGAUGCUCCAAUUUCCCAAAUGACUGCGGUCCACUUUCAGUUGAUAUUGAAAUCGAAGGAGUCGGCGUAUGCUUCCCUCGAGAUAUUCGGGCUUCCAGCUUGCCCAUAUCAACAAUAUGACUGACUUUUAGUCAAGGUUUAUAUUUCAUUCAUCGCCACAGCACUAUGGACUCUCUCGGCCGCCGUUUUACGCGUCCCAUGCCAGCUUGCACUUCAUUCCCACCAAUACGCGGAACAGGCGGAACUUGAGUAUCAUGAUUUCGAUCACAAGUCAGACAAGGGUACAGCUGCGAGGCUUUAUCACCUGGGUAAGGAAAGAGUGCGGUUUUACAGACGAGGAAUUCUGCCCCUGCCUUCCAAGAAGCCAAACGUUCCCAGAUGGAAGUUACUAAAUGCUGCCUUGACCCCUCUUAUUCUCUCACUUGCGGACCAACAACUAGUGAUAAGUUCAGCUGUUAUGAUUGCUGGUCUCUACAACUUUGAUACGAUCAGCGCCUAUUAUUACAACAUUAUCGUGUAUCUAGCUUGGUUUUCAAGCUUUACGCAUAGCGUUGCUCUCCUUUCCAUGAGCGAUUAUUUCUUGCAAAACCGCAUUUUGGGUGGAGUGAGAUUUUGUGGGUACAUUGGCAACCUUCUACUUUUCAUCGCGGCACAAUCCCGAGCAAGAAGUUUUGGGAACACAUCUGGUCUUUUUAGAUCUUUUAACAGUGAGAAGAUAAAUGGAGAAGCAGCAGCUUGCCUAGCGAAGUGUGCGACAGCGGUUCCAUAUACGGGCUACGAGCAUUCGCUCCGAAUCGCCAUCAUAACGUUACUCUUUUUCCAAGCACUUCUGAAAUGCAUUCCACAGCGCAUCCGGAAUGAUUUCAGUCUCUGGCUUUACGGCAGGUGUUUGAAAAUCUUUCGUAUUACUAAUCGAGAGAGAUUGUGCCUAUGGCUAGCAUUUGUUUUCCAGGGGUUCAUCGCAUCGUUUUGGGUAUUGCCCAUUCUCGUAAUAAUAAUCACAUUGAUAUUUGGCAUUAACCAUGCUCUCAUAAUGAGAGAUAAAUCCCGCUAUCCGGGCUUAGAAAUCACGGAAGACUUCAUCACACAGCAGAAUUCUUGGACAUUUGGGCAAUUCGUUGCCUGUAUCCUCUUAAUUUUACCCCUGAUUUCAGCACUUGAAGGUUCUCUAAGUAAGUCAUCAACCACAUAAUCUUAAAUUAUUAACCAAGACGAAAACCAACACCCAAACAGACGAGCGAGAAAAACUUCGCAACGAGAACCAAGCAGCAAGCCUCCCAAGCCACAAUUCCCAAUGGAGACAUCGCAUAAACAUGCUCCUAAAAUUCACACAUCUCGGCAAACCACCCAGUACAAACAACCAAGGACUUCGGAGUCGAAUAACCAGCUGGGCUGAUAAUAAUAGUGUGGAUCAUCCCUUCUGUAGCGAAAAGGAAAGAUCUAGUCCUCAUCCAAUGUCUUCGGUGCAAGAUUCGAGAUUACCACAACCUCGUGAACGACAGAUGUCACAACCCUUUCCUCUAAGACUAUUUACCAGCGAGUCUGGUGAACCUAUUCUUCUUCCUUGCAGCAAAAACACUUCGCCCGGGUUAGAAAUUGUUAAAAAGUCAUAA